ACUGCUAGCAGUAGAACGCGUGCGGCGGCGGCACCCCCAGCUGUCGAGACGAGGCUUCUCCAAGCCGCCACCGCAGCCGAUCGCUCUGCUCACCCGGCUCUCUUAUAACGGAUUUUUUUUCCCCCCGACACGGCUGCCAUCGCCAUGUGCCUCGCCGCCGCGUGCGCGUCCGCCUCCUCCCCUGCACGCCGCCUCUCGCCCUCCGCCUCCACCGCGCUCCCGCGCCGCUUCCUCCACAGCCUCCUCAGCACCCCCACGAGGCCUUCUUCCCCGCCGCCACCGCCUCUGCUGCGGCGCUGCUUCAAGUUCUACCAGAUGGCGCAAUAUUGGAGUCAACCAUCACUGGACAGGAACAAGGCUCUGGUUGAGUACCUAAAGCAGUAUGGUGUUGUUAGAACUGAAAAAGUGGCGGAAGUAAUGGAAACGAUUGAUAGAGCACUAUUUGUACCAGAGGGUACCCCUUACAUUGACAGUCCUAUGCCUAUUGGUUUCAACGCAACAAUAUCUGCUCCUCACAUGCAUGCAACCUGCUUAGAGCUAUUGAAGGAUCAUUUGCAACCAGGAAUGCAUGCUCUGGAUGUUGGAUCAGGUAGCGGCUACCUGACAGCUUGUUUUGCCAUGAUGGUUGGACCAGAAGGCCGUGCUGUGGGAAUUGAACACAUUCCUGAGCUUGUUGCUUCUUCUAUUGAAAAUGUGCAAAGAAGUGCUGCAGCUCCACUACUGAGGGAUGGAUCACUCUCUUUUCAUGUUACAGAUGGCAGGCUUGGCUUUCCAGACGCAGCACCCUAUGAUGCUAUCCAUGUUGGUGCAGCGGCACCCGAGAUCCCUCAGCCUCUGCUUGAUCAGCUAAAGCCUGGCGGCCGGAUGGUCAUACCAGUUGGUACCUACUUGCAGGACCUGCAGGUGGUCGACAAGAACACGGAUGGAUCAAUCAGUGUCCGGAACGACGCCUCUGUGCGCUACGUCCCACUGACCAGCCGCUCCGCGCAGUUGCAGGACCCCUAAAUAAGGUUCUCUAUGCUCUGUAGUCUACUGUCUACCUCGAAAUGCAUGUACAUAUAUGAUCCCUACGGUCUUAGCUGCUCAUGUUUCUUCUUCAGAAUAGCUAGGUGGUCUUAGUUCGUUCAUGUUUCACGAACGACGUUGACUGGGUGGAAGUGUGGUUUCUGUAAUAACAAGGAUUGCUAGCCUGUUUCUGAAUCAGAUGGUCGAUGGAUGAUGUUUCAGCUUCUGAACUUUCAUCUGUCCGCAGCUGAUCUGCUGCUGUAGUGUAACAUGUAGGAGUACAAACUAGCUUUGCACCAGUAAUCCUAUAGGUUGUAUGUACUA